UAGGAGCCUGUAAAGUAUUGCACCAGCGAUCGGCGAUGCCAUGCAGGUCUCCUGCACAUGGUUGGGGGUACCGGCUUACCCUUGCACCCCGUAGGGCCAAGCUGAUACUUGUUGACAGGAAGAUUCAAUGAACUACCCAUGUUCCGAAGAUGGGUACACUGUAGUCGUAAAGGGAUGGAUAUGGUCAGCAACAAUACUCAGAUAAGCAACAGAAAUGUCCUCUCCAUCUAACUCACCUGUUGGUGCCCCAUCCAAUGAUUCACUGGUAUCUCCUCAGUCUCCAAGGACCCUCAAUUUACCAGAUUCUCGCCAUACUAAAGAUCGCUCUUCAUCUCCAAUGAGAGGCCACUUCAUUCCCAGUCCACUUCCAACUAGACGUACAAGAACAUAUUCUGCCGCGGCAAGAGCAUCUGAAGGACAAGUCUACAAAGGAGUUUGCAAAUGCUUCUCCCGCUCUAAGGGACAUGGUUUUAUUAUACCUGAAGAUGGAGGGCCUGAUGUAUUUUUACAUAUCUCAGAUAUUGAAGGAGAAUAUGUUCCUGUAGAAGGCGAUGAAGUCACAUUCAAGAUUUGCUCCAUUCCACCAAAAAAUGAGAAACAUCAAGCUGUAGAAGUUGUAAUCAUCCAUUUAGCUCCAGGAACAAAGCAUGAGACGUGGUCUGGACAUAUCAUCGAUUCCUAAAUAUUUCACCAACAUCAACUGCUAUUGACAUGCCUUGUAUUUUUUAUUGUGUUACUAUUGUUUAACAUCAUAGGUUACUGCAUAAAGUGGCCACUGGUAAAUAAAAGGGAUAUAGUGGAGCUUUCUAUUGGUCUUAAACAAUAUCUUUAAUGUCAUUCCUUUUAUAUCUGAUUUGUAAAACCACAUAAGGAACUACUACUGAAUUUUGCCUUGGUUACAAUGAACCUUAUUGCUUGUUGUUUGCCAGGGGCUUAUCUAAUUAAAUAUUUUUAUCUGGGCACCAUA